CAGUAGAGAAACACACGGUUCCUAGUUCAGGAGGAAGAUCGCAGCGACCUUUUUUCCUCACGUUAAUGCAUGAUGGCGGCCGCGUUGAGAGGGAGCCUAGUAACAUUGGCCAAGGGUCUGAGUGCUGCCCGUUUGCAGCCGUUGUGCGCCCGGUCCCUGAGUUUGACCGGUCAGAAUGUUGCCGAGAGUCCCCCGGCACGUGCUGACAGCACCUUCAAGGUCACCAUGGUCCCUGGAGAUGGAGUUGGACCUGAGCUGAUGACUGCUGUCAAAGACGUUUUCAAGGCAGCUGAUGUUCCUGUGGAGUUUGAGGAGUUUCAUCUGAGCGAGGUGCAGAACAUGGCCAGUGAGGGGAAACUGGAAGAGGUGCUGUCCUCCAUGAAAAACAACAGAGUUGCCAUCAAAGGAAAGAUUCACACUCCUAUGGAGUACAAGGGUGAACUGGCAUCAUAUGAGAUGAGACUGAGGAGAAAGCUGGACCUGUUUGCCAAUGUGGUUCAUGUGAACAGCCUGCCUGGUUACAGCACCCGCCACAAUAACCUGGAUCUGGUCAUCAUCCGGGAGCAGACAGAGGGAGAAUACAGCUCUCUGGAGCAUGAGAGUGUUUCAGGAGUGGUUGAGUGCUUAAAGAUCAUCACCAGGGAGAAAUCUCGCCGCAUCGCUAAAUUUGCAUUCGACUAUGCCACCAAGAAGGGCCGCAGCAAAGUGACCGCUGUCCACAAGGCAAACAUUAUGAAGCUUGCGGAUGGUCUCUUCCUACAGAGCUGUGCAGAGUUGGCUGAACUUUACCCCAAGAUUAAAUACGAAACCAUCAUCAUUGAUAACUGCUGCAUGCAGCUGGUGCAGAAUCCAUAUCAGUUUGAUGUGCUAGUGAUGCCUAAUCUCUACGGCAACAUCAUCGAUAACCUGGCGGCAGGGCUGGUGGGCGGAGCCGGCGUAGUUCCAGGCGAGAGUUACAGCGCAGAAUAUGCUGUGUUUGAAACGGGUGCCAGACAUCCCUUUGCUCAGGCUGUCGGCAGGAAUAUCGCAAACCCCACCGCUAUGCUCCUCAGUGCAUCGAACAUGCUGAGACACCUCAACCUUGAGUAUCAUUCAAACAUGGUGUCUGAGGCUGUCAAGAAAGUCAUUAAGCAGGGCAAGGUUCGCACAUCAGACCUGGGAGGCUACGCGUCAAGCGAUGAGUUCACCAGGGCCGUCAUCGCUAAUCUGGCUGUCUAAACCAAUCCACAGCGCUGGUUCUCCAGUAUCAAAAGUCUUUUGGUCCAACAUUUCUCAUUUUCCCAGCUCAAGCCUUGCUAGUGGCCUAACAUUUCAGACUAUCACAUAGUCUACAACAGAGCACAAGUGUUGUAACUGUAAGAUUCAUAUUGUCUCUGGCCAGAACCACUGACAUUCCAGACUAUUACAGAAUGACUGGAUUGCUUUAUGAUGCUGCUUAAGAAACUAAUAUUUAUUCAGCUAUUUAUUAUUUCAUUGCAAUUGCUACAAGUUCAUUACAAUUAAUAAACAUUAUAA